UAACAAUUAAUAGUACCUUAAGGAUCGAGAUAAAACCUUAACCCUGGAUCACCCAUAGAAAGCUUGAAUUAGAAUUAAAGCUCGCACACAGUCUUUCCAAAAGUAGAAGCAAGACUACAUCACUAUACCCAAUUCCAUUUUGCGUAGAAGUAAGUAACAUUAGACCACCCCUCCUCUCCUUCUAUAAAAACCACUAUAGUCUAUAGCUCCACACAAAGAAACUCAAAAAGAAAAUAAAGAGCGAGUAGUUAAGAGAAGAAAGUGCUAGAAGUCUCACAACUACAAAUAUAUAGCUGAAAUAGCUAGUCUUUAUAUACACGUUAGUUUGUGAGAUAGAGUUAAGUCUAGCCUGAGUUCCCCGGAGAAAAAGUGAAAACAUAAUGAGUAGUACCAUAGCAAAAAAGACGUUCUCCGGAGUUGGGAGCCUCAUCAAGCUCCUCCCAACCGGCACGGUCUUCCUUUUCCAGUUCCUCAGCCCCAUCGUGACCAACACCGGACACUGCAACACCGUCAACAAGUACCUCAGCAGCAUUCUCCUCGUUGUCUGCGGCUUCAACUGCGUGUUCUCUUCCUUCACCGACAGCUACACCGGAAGUGAUGGCCAUAGGCACUAUGGCAUCGUCACCGCCAAGGGUAUCUGGCCAUCUCCGGCGUCGGGGAACAUUGACUUGUCCAAGUACAAGCUCCGGUUCGGUGACUUCGUGCAUGGUUUCAUUUCGUUGAUUGUGUUUGCUGUGUUGGGGCUUCUUGACAUCAACAUUGUUCGCUGCUUCUACCCGGAGUUUGAAUCCUCUGAGAAGGUUCUGCUGCAGGUGGUGCCUCCGGUUAUUGGUGCAAUUGCUAGUGCGGUUUUCAUGAUAUUCCCUGGUACUCGCCAUGGAAUUGGAUACCCCACAAGCACUGAUUCAAAUGAUACCUCCGAAAAUUCUCAGAAGAAAUAAGUCAAUAAUUAACAUCUUUGAUGUUUGAUACAAACAAUAACUUUCUGUUUAGGUUGUGUGUGCUUGAUUUGUCAACUCUCUUAUGAUGUUUACAUGUGUAUUGUUAAUUGUAAAAAUGAAUUAUAUUUCCUACAAA